AUGCCCUUCACCACACAAAACUUCAUUAUCUAUACCACAAAGCUCCCCCAUUUCAUUGCCUAUGCCCUUCACCGCACAAAACUUCAUUCUUCCAUGACCCAUACCGCCCUUCUAGCAAAGCUUCCCCAUUUCAUUGCCUAUGCCCUUCACCGCACAAAACUUCAUUCUAUAUACCGCAAAGCUCCCCCAUUCCAUUACCCAUGCCCUUCACCGCACAAAACUUCAUUAUCUAUACCGCAAAGCUCCCCCAUUUCAUUGCCUAUGCUCUUCACCGCACGAAACUUCAAUCUUCCAUACUCAUAUUCUAACUCAUGGACAAAUGCUCUGCUUUUGUUGUGCUCGGCUCCCUGGAUUUCAACCCUCCCUUGGUGCUUUGAUGUUCAUUCACCAUCACUCGUGCAGCACCAGGCAGAAUCCACUGCAUUUUCCUCAUCAAUGAUCUCUCGCUAUCCUGUGCAUCCUCGCGGUUCCAAACCUUUGGCUGGUACACAGAACAGAGGUUUGGUGGGUGGUGUUACGACUGGGAUAGUUCUGCUGUUGCCGGUCAAGAUAGACCUGUCGGGCGAACAGUUCGUCGGCCUUCCUAAUACAAGGAAGGUUUCUGGUGGUUCCUACUGCACGAGCCGCGGCUUCUAUGCAGGAUCAGCGGCGAGUGGUUUUAGCACUUCUGCCUAG